AUCUGAACUGCGUUACAACCGGUCUUUUCAAGUCAAACACGUUUUGCGGUACUUAUGAAUUUGUAAGAACUAAUUCACAAUGUCUAAUCAAACAGCACAUCGACAUCGUAAACAGCACUUUCCUCGAUCGGAACGUCGAAAGCUAAGCAUACAGCUACCUCAGGCUCUUUCUUUUCAAGAUUAUGAUUCAGACGAUGAUCCUAUUUAUUUUACAAAGUGUUCACGAAGUUCACUUGUCUCUUCUCCUCAUAAAUCGUUUCGUUCAAUGAAAGAGUCAAAAGAUACCGGAUCUGGUCGUACAGAUAAACGGGCUAGAGAUGAACACAAUGAACAAGAACGUAGUCGUCGACGGGAGCUUGCUGUUAUAUAUGAAUUGAUUCGAGGUAACAUUUCCUCAGAUGAUAUGCAUCUUCUUGAUCAAUGUAACGGUCCUAAGUCUGUCGAGAAAUUGUCUUAUCCUCAAGUCUUGCAAAUAGCUUACCAGUUAGUUAUGGAAGAACAGCACCAUCUAGUUCUUUUCGAAAGAGCUUUAACUGAUAUUAAAUUGAUUGAAAGACAACUUUUACGUACUGGUGUCCCACCACCUGAAAGACCCAAGUGUCCUCCUAUAAUAGACAAUUAUCGGAAAAUGGUUCAACUUGUAGAUGAUUUACUUCGCCAUGAUAAAAUUUGUCGAUCUAUUGACGGUGUAUACGAUGUAUCUCCUGCAGAACGUGCAUCUAUCGGUGAACAAGAAAUCUCCUAUCCUACACCAAAUCAUAUAUCCUCUAAUCCAGUUUAUUCCAAGCGAAUCAGAAGACGACGAUUGUAUAAUUCUAAAAAUCUUUCAUCUUACAAUGAUGAUAAUAAGAUGAAGAACAACAGCAACUACAAUAAUCAUAAUAGUUAUUAUUUUGAAACAGAAGAAACUAAAAGUUGUUUAUCGAAUUGGUCAAAUACACCUGUCAAUCAGUGUAAAGUGAAACGAUCAGCUUCUUCAGCUUCCCUUGAUGAUGAGGAUGAGGAUGACGAACUCGAUGAGGAUGAUGAUGACGAUGGUGACGAUGAACAGGAAGAAGAGGAGGAGGAGGAGCGGGUGAAGGAAGAAGAAGAAGAAGAACAGGAUACUGACUCAAAUCUUUUAUCCCCAUCACCUACAUCACUUAUUAAUGAUCAAAAUCCCAGUAUGUGGUUAGAUAAUUAUGAAUUCCUUGAUAUCCUUGCAAAAAUUAAAGAAGAUCCUGAUUAUACAGUUGACAGUUUUGACACAACAUCUGACGAUGACUUCAGUAAUGUAGUAGAUCUUGAAAGUUUAAUAAAGAAUUUUAAAGCUGAAGAACCAACUGACUAAAAUUACUCAUGGAUUUAUAUAUAUAUAUAUAUAUAUAUAAUACUUGUGUAUAUAUUUUAUAUAUACUUGUGCUUAUCAAUUACUAUUACUAUUAUCGUGCCUUAUUUUUAUUAUAUACUGAAUAGUCUUUUAUACUUUCGAAAUACUUUUCACCUGUCCACCACUAUACUUUGUAAUCAUAUUAUUAUUGUAUUUCAGCGGUUUCUCAGUAUUGCCACUAGUUAAUUAAUUAAUUAUCAAUGCCAUAUUUGUUUCCAUAUUAUUAUUUUUUUAAUUUUUUUAAACAAAAAAUUUAUUUUUAAUCUAAAUAACAUGUGUAUUAUCUACCAGGUGAAAAUCAUUGCCAGUAGUAGGGUGUUGUGUAUCCAUGCUUAAAUUACCAUAAUGUACUAUUAUUAUUAUUAUUAUUACUACCACUACUACUGCUGCCUACCUCUCAGCGAUGACUAAGUUGACUCUGUUUUUGUUACUUCAACUGACUUUUUAUUUAUUUUUUAAUCCCGGGAACAAUAUCAGCACACACUCGCAAACGCAUACAUGUUACCUUUUUUAUACUCAUCUGCUCAUCCGCUUAUCUACCUACCUAACUAUUUAUUUACUUAUUUAUUUGUGGAUAAAAAAAAAGAAGUUGACUUUACUCUUCCUUUUGUUUCUCAUUGAUUCAUUGAGUAUACUUCUCCUACUGCUCCAGGGUUCGAACUCUCGGGGUCUUUCGGUUACAAACAACAAAAAGAGGUUGUGGUGAAGCAUUCAGGCAAAUGGGACCUAAUCCAACGGCGGCGGCGAAUGUCCCGAGAUAUAGUGUGUGUAAUCAGCAGCCAGUGUUUUAUACGCGAGUGAGUGAGUGACUGUUCUCUUUCUUAUCUGACUCGGUGGACCAAUCAAACAAUAAUCUCUAUGUAAGGCAAUACUUGAUAUUGUUUAAUAAACAAACUUAUACGCAA